AUGGAAGAAAAGUUAAAUGAAAUGGAACAAGCUGGUAUCAUCACAAGGACAUCAACGCCUUACAGUAGUCCAUUGACAUUCACUCUUAAAAAAGACGACUCAAUUAGAGUUCUGCUUGAUGCCAGAAGCAUAAAUAAGAAAAUGGUUGCAGAAACAGAGAAACCAUCUAUACAAUUAGAUGUUUUGAAUUUAUUUCACGGAGCGAAUUAUAUCACUACCAUUGACUUAAAUAAUGCAUAUUUUCAAAUUUCGAUAAAUAAAGAUGGUAGAAAAUAUACUGGAUUCACAUUCAAUGGAAAGUCAUAUGUAUAUAAUGUUUUGCCGCAAGGAUUAAAAACAUCAGUAAGAAGCGUUAGCAGAGCCAUGAAUUUAAUAUUAGGACCAGAAGUCCAAGAAUUUUGUGUGAACUACUCGUAUUUAGAUGAUCUAGCCAUUAUUACAACAGGAACGUUAGAUAAACAUUUGGAGCACAUUGAUAUUGUUUUAAGUAAAUUGAACAAAGCUGGCUUAACUUGUAACUUGCAGAAAUGUGAAUUUAUUUGUAAAGAAUUUGAAAUGCUGGGUUUUAUAAUUUCAACAGAAGGCAUAAAGACAGAUCCCGAUAAGAUUCGAGCGAUCCAAGAGUUUCCAGCACCUAAGAAGAUUAAACAAUUAAGGGCCUUUUUAAGUCUAUACAAUUCUUAUAGAAGGUUUAUACCAAAUUACAAAAAAACGUAA